AUGGAUCCAGCACCGUCAUGGACCAGGUCCAGGUUCCGUUGCUGGUCCAGUCUCCGUACGUAUUUCUUUCCGGCUGACGUGACACUCGCGGCAGACUGCUUGCUUGUCGGCCUGCCUGCCUGCCCUGUGCGGUGCGGUGCGGUGCGGUGCCAUGCCAGGCGUCAUCGCGCUGCUCGCGGCCGGCUUGGCACCCGUUUGAUGGCUGGCUGCGCUGGGUCGAUGGUGGUUCAGCUCCGGCCGGCAGUGAGCCAGCGGCAGCGGCGACGGCGACGGCGAAGCGCAUGCGCGGGAACGAAGGGCACACGUUCCAUAUGCGCUGGGCGUGCGCGUCUGGCCAGAGUCGUGACCCGACGGCCUCAAUGUCCUGUCCCGCUGCCGGCGUCACCGGCAGACUGCACGCACAUACAUAUCAACUACGUACUUCGUAACGUACGUACGAAGUAG